AUGUCGUCCGCAGUAGCGGAGCUGGACUCGAUCCUGCAGUCCAUGCUCAACCUCAAACCACCAGGAGUUUCAGGCUCAAAGAUCACUGCCAUCACCACGCUCUGUACAGCAAACAUCCAAUCCGAAUCAGUCCUUAUUCAAAAGAUCUAUACCCAUUUCAAGAAGACACCAGGAACACACAAAUUGGGGGUUCUCUACGUGAUAGAUUCAGUGACGAGACAAUGGGUAGAUCAAGCCAGAAAAUCAGGUCAACAGCUGGGUAGCGGAGCUCCUGAUGGAACCUUUGCCGCUGGUGUGACUCGAGUGACUGAAUUGCUCCCCGUACUCAUGAACGACAUUAUUGCUACCGCUCCAGAAGACCAGAAGGUCAAAAUCAGAAAGCUCUUAGAAAUUUGGGAGCGGUCGAACACGUUUCCAACUCCGUUGCUUGCUUCACUCAAAGAAAAGCUUGACGCGCCUAAAGUCUCAACCACACCUGAAGGAUCACCGGCACCCGGUUUCGUGCCACUUGGUCAGUCCAUUACCACUGACAAUAUGGCAGCAAAACCUCCUCAGCAGCAGGACACGUCAGCUAUCCUGGAAGCGCUCAAGAAUAUGGCAAAGCAGAACACUUCCGCGCCACCAGCCAUUCCAGCACCCGCCCAAACUAGUUUGAAUAAUCUGUUAGGCGCGCAGAAUGGGAUCCCUCUGACGAACAGUACCGUAAACCCCGGCCUUGCUCCCGUCGCCGCCAAUGGGUCGGCUGUAAACCAGCUUGGAGCUCUGUUCGCUGGAUUGAGUAAUGGUGCGCAAAGUCAAAGUCCUGCAAAUGUACCUGCAAAUCCACUUGCUGCGUUUCUUCCGCAACAAGCUCCUGCUCCCACGGUGCCACAAAACCCUGUUCCUCUAGGUCAAGAUACUCAGGCUCAAGCACAAGUUCAACUGCAACUCUUGCAGCUGUUGGCUAGUCAAGGCGUUCCUCCAGACCAAUGGGCGACCGCUCUACAAUUGUUGAACAUGCAGGCCGCAGGAGGCGGUGGUGCUGGCAGUGGCGGUGGCCCUGCGAGUGCCAGUGGCCUUCCGUUUCCGCCUCCUGUACCAGCAAGCAAUUGGGCAGGCCAGGUUCAAGCAACCGGAUCGUCACGUGAUGCUCAAGCCCGUUCCCCUCCUGGUCAAUAUCGACGUCGCUCACGCUCUCCUGGCUAUGAUAGACGCCGAGAUCUGUCUCCAAGACGUCGCCGAGAUAGUCCGGGGGCUGAUGGAUAUCGUAAUGAUCGCGAUGGCAGGCGAGCUGAUUACCGUCAGCGCAGCCCAAUGGGUAGAAGACGCCGAAGCACCACACCGCCCAGUGACUACAAGCUUCCACCGCCAGGCCCCAAGAACGUGCAAUGGGAUCCGACUCUGCCCAAAGGCCACAUCAAAGUUUUCAGUCGGACACUCUUCGUGGGCGGAGUCACCUCGUCCGAAGCACACUUGAGGGGCCUGUUCAGUAAAUUCGGGGUGGUUCAGACCUGCAUUGUCAAUAUCGAUAAACGCCACGCUUUCAUCAAAAUGAUUAAUCGCCGCGAUGCCGAAAGUGCCCGUGAUGGAAUGGAAGAGUACAAGGUGGGCGACAUGCAACUCCGCACCAAAUGGGGAGUGGGAUUUGGACCACGUGACUGCAGUGACUAUCAAACCGGAAUUAGUAUCAUUCCGAUUGAACGCCUCACGGAUGCAGACCGCAAGUGGCUGCUCACCGCCGAAUACGGGGGAACUGGCGGUGCGCCGAUCCAAGAAGGCAUGGUUGUGGAAGAGCCUGACAUUGAAAUUGGUGCAGGGGUUUCCUCCAAAGCCAUGAGUCGACGUAUUGCUACUGAUCAGGGCGGACGACGCGGCCCUCAAUCUUCUCGCCAGCAUCCGGGACGUGAAGACAACAGAUACAGAGACAAUGAUCGCCGCAUGGAUCGAGAUGAUCGCCAAGGCUCAGGCAACCCCAAUAACAUUGGUGUUAUGCCGUCAAUGCCUUUCCCUAUGAAUUUUGGCAACAUAUCCAACGGAAUGCCCGGCUUCCCACCUGGAUUCCAGAUGUCCGCAUUCCAACCGCAAGGCAAGCAGGACUAA